AUGAAUACCUUGGAACGCUCUAGGAUUACUAAAAAUGCUCCACUUAAUGCUUUGCACCAGUAUUUAUCUCAACUACAUGAGGGAGACUUUUAUUCUUCCCUCGAAAGUACUGACAUUGCGGCAAUACACUUAACCAAAUCAGAAUGUGACGAUUGUGUGAAAGUAUUAUGGGAUAAUUAUGUUAAUAUAGCUAAAAAAGAAC